AUGACUUUGACUAGAGGAUCAUUCACUUAUUCCAGUGGAGAGGAGUAUCAUGGAGAGUGGAAGGAAGGUCUAAGGCAUGGUUUGGGUCAGCUAACCUUCUCGGAUGGGACGUGUUACACGGGACAGUUUGAGAAUGGUCUGUUUAACGGCUGUGGGACCUUGGUUUUUCCUGAUGGCUCGAGAUAUGAGGGUGACUUUGUCCAGGGGAAGUUCCAGGGUGCAGGAGUCUUCACUCGUUUCGACGGGAUGAAGUUUGAAGGGGAGUUUAAGAGCGGCUGCGUGGAGGGACACGGUGUCCUGACGUUCCCAGAUCAGGGUCAGGGCUCUGUCGUCCAGGAAGGCGUGUUUGAGAACAACCAGCUCCAGCGGAAGGAAAGUUGCCAGGCGGCGGUGCAGAGAGCGCAAAGUUCCUCUACUAAAGCGCGCAGCCUCACCCUCUGA